AAAAUGUUUUUAUGGGAUUGGUUUACGGGCGUACUCGGUUAUUUAGGCUUAUGGAAAAAAUCUGGAAAGCUGCUAUUUCUGGGUCUAGACAAUGCAGGGAAAACUACUCUACUACAUAUGUUAAAAGAUGACCGGUUGGCACAACAUGUUCCCACUCUUCAUCCCACUUCAGAAGAACUGUCGAUUGGUAAUAUGCGAUUUACCACAUUCGAUUUAGGUGGUCAUACGCAAGCACGAAGGGUUUGGAAAGACUAUUUUCCAGCUGUAGACGCAAUAGUUUUUCUUAUUGAUGCCUAUGAUCGUCAGCGAAUGCCAGAAAGUAAAAACGAAUUAGAUUCGCUCUUGACGGAUGAAACUCUGUCAAAUUGUCCCGUGCUUAUUUUAGGAAAUAAGAUAGAUCUUCCAGGUGCAGCUUCUGAAGACGAAUUAAGGAAUUUCUUUGCCCUAUAUGGGCAAACUACAGGAAAGGGUAAAGUGCCUAGAUCCGAUCUACCCGGUCGUCCUUUAGAAUUGUUUAUGUGUUCUGUAUUAAAACGACAGGGAUAUGGAGAAGGUUUUCGCUGGUUAGCCCAGUAUAUAGAUUAAAAACAGCAACCAGAAGUGAAUAAAGAUGCAAAUUUUUAAUUCUUAUUGCUGAACUAUAAUUUUUUUAACGUACGGUGUGUUGUGUAUAGUUCGUAAUCUUGGGUAAUCAUCCCCUCAUUAUAAAUUCGUCAUUCGAACAGUACAGCUACUACUAUUACUACAUACGAGAUUCAAUAAGGAAAAGAAACAUGGAAUAAAAAUAAACCUUGAGUGGCUUUUCUGGACUGUUAUAAAGCUCUUUAAUUGCAGCUGUGAUUAGUUUGGAACUUUUGUUGUGCAUCAGCUUUUAUCAUUAGAUAAUAGAAAAUUCAGAAACGUACUUUGUUGUAUGUUAUUAGUUAUUCUGUUAUUUCCUACCUUUUUCUCAACCAUAUGCUUAAUUUGUACUAAUGCACGACCAAAGUUUUGAAGUGCAAAUAUUUCUAUUAAUUUUUAAUUGUAUAAUGUAAUAUAUAUAAUUCACAAACAGAUUCGAACACAAUCCAAUAAAAAUAUUUUUCAUUUUGACAAAAAGAAUUAUGAUAAAAGAAAAUUUUGCACUUUAUCACUGGAGUUCUUCCUAGUUACAUUUAGGUUGUUGUUGAACAUCACCAUAAUAUUGGUACUUCUUUUUAUUAUUAUAAAGUAAAUAAAAACAAUUAAACGAAUUCUGUCCGCUUCUUUUUUUUCUAGGAUUUACAAAAAGGCCUGGCAAGGUAAUUGUAAGUUUGGCUGUAAAUGUUUUUUAAUUGUCUACUAUUUAUUUUCGCACAUUAUCCUAUUCUAAAGUUACUGUUUGUCCUUCAUAUAAAAUGUAUCGUUUAUGUUAUUUAUUGUGGUCCAAUAAAUAUAAUUCAAUUUACAAAAA